CAGGGUCGGCCGCUGUCACACGCGCCCCAGCUCGGCCCCGUCCCGCGCGCACCCGGGAGCACGGCGCACAGUCGCGCUCGCACCGAGUCCGGCCAGCCCUUCCGGCCCGUCUCCGAGAGCCCUCAUGGGCCCCGAGGCCACCUGCCCGUGGAGCGGCCCCCUGCCUCGCCUCCGGGUGAGGACCUUGAUCGAGCCCGUGGUGGCGUCCACGCAGGUGGCCGCCUCCCUCUACGAGGCGGGGCUGCUCCUCGUGGUGAAGGCGUCCUUCGGAGCCGGGGCCUCCUCCAACCACAGCGCCAGCCCGUCGCCCCGGGACGCUCUGGAGGACGAACAGCAGAGGGCCAUCUCCAACUUCUACAUCGUCUACAACCUGGUGGCGGGCCUGACGCCCCUGCUGUCCGCCUACGGGCUGGGCUGGCUCAGCGACCGCUACCACCGCAAGAUCUCCAUCUGCGUGUCCCUGCUGGGCUUCCUGCUCUCCCGCCUGGGGCUGCUGCUCAAGGUGCUGCUGGACUGGCCCGUGGAGGUGCUGUACGGGGCGGCGGCGCUGAACGGGCUGUGCGGCGGCUUCUCCGCCUUCUGGUCGGGCGUCAUGGCCCUGGGAUCCCUCGGCUCCUCCGAGGACCGCCGCUCCCUGCGCCUCAUCCUCCUCGACCUGAUCCUGGGCCUGGCGGGAUUCUGCGGGAGCAUGGCCUCGGGGCACCUCUUCAAGCAGAUGACUGGGCACCACUCGGGGCAGGGCCUGGUGCUGACGGCCUGCAGCGUGAGCUGUGCCACUUUUGCACUUGUGUACAGCCUCUUGAUACUGAAGGUCCCCGAGUCGACGGCCAGUCCCAGGACGGCACUCCCCGCUGUGGAUACGGUGUCAGGCACAAUUGGCACGUAUCGUACCCUGGAUCCCGAUCAGUCAGACAAGCAGGGUGUGGAGGGGUACCCUCCAUCUCCCGGGAAAGCAGUGCCCAAAAAGACUGUCAUCGCCCUGCUCUUUGUGGGUGCCGUCAUAUAUGACCUGGCAGUGGUGGGCACCGUGGACGUGAUGCCCCUUUUUGUGCUCAGGGAGCCUCUCAGGUGGAAUCAAGUGCAGGUGGGCUAUGGUAUGGCAGCCGGGUACACCAUCUUCAUCACCAGCUUCCUGGGCGUCCUGCUCUUCUCCCGCUGCUUCCGGGACACCACUAUGAUCGUGAUUGGGAUGGUCUCCUUUGGGUCGGGAGCCCUCCUCUUGGCUUUCGUGAAAGAGACAUACAUGUUCUACAUCGCAUCGUGGCCUACAAACAAGCCUCAUGACUGCAAUAUGGAGACAUCGCAGAGAAAUGAAGGUGCUGACCGACGGGAGCUGAAAAUACCAGCAAUGGCUUCUUUCGAAGUCAAAAGAAGGGACUGGGUGCUGGUGACCAAAGCAAGCCACUGCUCCAAAACCCCAGGUUCCAGCCGGAGUUGGCUUGGGCAUGAGCUGCUCUGGCUCAGGGGUCCCUGGCUGGUGGGGAAAAGCACUUUCUUGGUGAUAGAACUUUCUCAGCUUUCAGAUGUCCCUGUCAGAGGUUAGGUUCUGGGGACAGUAGAGGGUGAACUUCCAAGGGUUAGAUGCAGGGGGCCGUGCAGGGGCCGUGCACAGUCACACGAGACGCAUAAAGGGCUGCAGACAGCAGCCCCUUUUCUUCCAGGAGUUGGCUCUAAGGUACCACUAACUAGUCACCUGGGUGCCGUGCUGGGGAUCCCCCAGGAAAACUCAAGCCAAAGCAUGCAUUUUCAACAGCCUAGAGGGAGCGCAGAGGGGAUGCUUUGUAAGAACUCCCAACAGUGAACAUCAGCCAAUAUAUAUAUAUUUUUUAAUUAAAAUAAAACCUUGAAAAAAACUUAGCUUUCUUCCCUGAGGCCUUGUUAGCUGUGAACACUCAGGAGAGAUUUGGGGCUGAGGCUCUUGGCUUCAGGGUAGUUUUACUGCCGUCAUUACUGUUGUUUUUAAGAAGCAAAUAUCAAACGACUUUCUUUAGUGACUAUUACAUGGCAUAUUUUCAGUCAACACUACUUCUUCCCAAAGUGGGCGGUGUGGAGAGAGAGGGCAGAGGAGAUAGGCCAAGAGCCGUCUUAUUUUGAGGUACCUAUUUUUACAGACUAUUUUACUUACACAUAGAAAAACAGGCUCACCUCCAAAUAAAAUCAACAUUUACUGUA